AUGGAUCUGACUGCGGACUUCAAGUCCUUUCAGGACCUUGUCCAAGCGUCUCUUGUCAAUGUCACAAGGAGCGCAACCCAGGUGUCCAACCAAGAUCUUGGUUUCCAUCGCUCCUCCAGCGACAAACUGUCUCGCGCCCUCGACCGCCAAAAUGCUCAUCUUCUGCGCCUGACAAACAAGCUCCUUAAAGCUGCUACGCAGGACACACCACUCAAACCCCCGACACUGCAAAAUCAGGAUAGCAUAGACGAUAACUGGCGCGGAAUUGUUGAUGUCGUUGAUGGUCUUCUUGAGAAAGCUGACUCGGCGCUUGAUGAGUUCUCCGGUAUCAUCAAACCACAGGAUGCAGCUCGCCAAGAUGCCGAAGCCUCUUCCAGACCUGCAAAGACAGGCCUGGGUUUCCAGAGAUGGUCUGCAGGCAACAUGCAAAAACCUCAAGCCUUUUUUGAGAGACAAGUGAACAAUUCUGACUCGACUCCCUUCAAGCCCUUGCUUCAGACGAAGCCUCAUGCUAUUGUUCCACUGGAUGAAAGCGUAGGAAACGAGGAUACUGGAUACAAGCACCCGUACGCACGAGAAAUCGAUCACUACAGAUAUCCUCCUUCCGUCUACAAAUUCAAGCAGCCGAUACCAUUUACCCCAAUCGAUGAAAGUGAGCACGUCUUCGUUGACACAGAACAAGGUGUGAUUGAGAUGCUAGAGGAGCUCAAAAGUGCCGAAGAAAUCGCGAUCGACCUCGAACAUAAUGACAUGCGCUCGUACGUUGGAAUGGUCUGUCUCAUGCAGAUCAGCACGCGCAAAAAAGACUGGAUUAUUGACACCCUGAAACCAUGGCGCGAAAAGCUUCAGAUGCUGAACCAGGUUUUCGCGAACCCGAAGAUCCUGAAAGUGCUUCACGGUUCAAACAUGGACAUCAUCUGGUUGCAACGCGAUCUGGGGCUAUACAUUGUUGGUCUCUUCGACACGUAUCACGCAGCUUGUGCCUUGCAAUUCCAAGGUAAAGGUUUAAAGCAUCUUCUUCUACAGUUUGCGAAUGUCCAUGCUCAAAAACAGUACCAGCUCGCGGACUGGCGGGUACGACCUCUCCCCAAGGACCUGCUCGACUAUGCUCGCUCGGACACACACUAUCUGCUGACCAUUUACGACCACAUGCGAAACAUGCUUGUCAGUGGGUCGUCGCCCAAUGUCAACCUUAUCAACUAUGUCCUGGAGCAAUCGAAGAAAGAAGCCCUUCAAGUCUAUACUCGACAAUCCUAUGACCUCGAAACAGGUGGCGGCCUACUUGGCUGGUUUGGAAUGCUCACCCAGCGAUAUGUCAAUCUUAGCAAGGAACAGCUCGGAGUCUUUCGUGCUCUUCACGCAUGGCGCGAUCGGAAAGCACGGGAGUUGGACGAAGGCGUUCAAUACAUCCUGCCCAAUAGGACAUUGUGGUUAGUCGCAGAAAACAUGCCAACUUCGGUAUUCAAUUUCCAUCAGAGCUGCAGAGGAGACUCAAAGCUGGUGUCGGAUCGGAUCCCUGAGAUUAUUGAGGUUGUCAAGCAAGGCAAGGUCGAUGGCAAGAACGGCAAAUCACACGAGGAGGUGGUCCAGCACUGUGAAACAGUCCUUGGCCUGAAAGCUCGCCGACCGCGGCAGCAGAAAAAGCAGCAACCUGAGAGCACAUAUUCUGGGUUGGGCAGUACUUUGAAGCAAUUGGCUACCACUUCAGCAUCAACGUCUCCGGGUCAUGAUGAUCUGGUGCCUACUGUGACCAGAUCGACUGCUUCUUUGUUCUGGGGCGAUGUGAUACCACAACAUCAACAGUGUCCAACAGACGUGACAACUGCAGCUGCAGCGCUCUCGUCAAUCGUCCCGCUUCAACUGCUCGCCACUGUCGAAGAAGCCGAGAAGGCAGAAGGAACCCUGCUGCAGCCUGUAUCCGAAUCAGCGCCAGUGGAAUCCUUGACCAAGCCUGCGAUGGCACUCCAUCCAUGGCCUCCCACAGCGAAGGAUGAACUCCGCUCCAAAGCCAACGAGAUCUUCACGCUCAACGAGCUAGGACGUUCGAAAGGCAAGAAGCGAAAGACAGACGAACUUGACGAAGCCAUGAAUGACAACGAGCUGAGUGUUCUUGUUCCCGCCUCGGGGGCCAUGGCGGGUGUCACAACAGAGAAGGCGACAGGUGGCGACGAUACAGUCCCAACGUCCGCUGCUUCUUCCUCCCAACCUCCUCAAUCUGCUCAUGCAGACAUGAAUCCAGAAUUCGAGGCGAAACGUCAAGCGAAGAAGCAGAAAAAGGCCGAGAAGAAGGCUCGCAAGGAGGCUGCAAAGGCUGCCGCCGAUGCCAAGUUACAAGCCACGCAGCCGUUUGAUUACGCCGCUGCGCCGUCCUUGUUGACUCCCGGUCCACCACAGCCCUCGGCACCGCGUGGUGGUGACGGGAGUGGCGUUGCCGCCCAAGGUCGCGGACAGGGACAGUCGCAGGGACCGGAAAGGAAGAUUAUGAACCCUUUUGCUAAAGCGUUGGAUACGAGCACAGGAGCGAGACGGGGCAGGAUGGGUAAGGAGCUGCAGGGCAAGAGUAUGACUUUCAGUUCUUGA